AUGACAGAAAAUUUUCCUCUUCCGCCGCUUCUUGGUGUAGAUUGGGAUCACCUGGGAUUUGAACCUCUUGAAGUGAAUGGCCAUGUCGAAUGCACCUUUUCCACGACGACAAGCUGCUGGACCGAACCAGUAUUCGUCACCAAUCCGUAUCUUCCAGUUCAUGGUCUUGCGCCAGGCUUGAACUAUGGUCAACAGAUCUUUGAAGGAAUGAAAGCUUUUCGAAAUCCGUCUGGUGACGUUCAAUUGUUUCGACCUGAUCAAAAUGCUCUGCGGUUUGCACGCUCUGCUCUUCGUGUCGCCAUUCCACCUGUACCUACCGAUUUAUUUUUGCGAGCUGUAAACACGGCCGUUGGCAUGAAUACGGAUUUUGUACCGCCUCACGGUACAGGCGCGUCAUUGUAUAUACGACCCAUGGCAUUCGCCUCAAGUCCGACCGUUGGGUUGUUCCUAGCGUCUCAAUUCAAAUUUUGCGUUUACGUACUCCCAGUGUCACCUCUUCACGGCAAAGCCACCCAAGAAGGUGCCAGCGUGCUUGUGAUCGAGGAUUUUGAUCGUGCAGCUCCAUUAGGCACAGGAAACGUCAAAGUCGGGGGUAAUUAUGGGCCUGUCCUAGGACUGAUUGACGAAGCAAAAAAGCAAGGGUUCAAUCUUACAUUGCAUCUCGACUCUCUCAGCCACAGCUUGAUCGACGAAUUCUCCACGAGUGGGUUUAUUGGAGUGUUAAAUGACGGGGAAGUUCCAACAAUUGUGGUAUCAGACAGCCAGCAGGUUGUGUCAAGUAUAACUGUUGACAGCAUCUGCGAGUUAGCGAGAGCUUUCGAUUGGCAUGUUCAAAAGCGGCCUAUAUCUUUCUUGGAGGUGGCUCGGUUUUCUGAGGUCUAUGCAGCUGGCACCGCCGCCGUUCUGGUACCUGUAGAAUCGAUACUACGGCGGUCAACAGGCGAACAUGUUGUUUAUUCCGUCGAGUAUUCAUCACCAACAUCUUGUUUUUCACGAUUAUCCACAGCCCUCCGAGAUAUACAGCAAGGCCUUGUACCUGACGAUAGGAGUUGGAUAAAGUUAGUCACUAAGCCAUAG